UGAGGGGAGGAGCCGCUGGCUCCAGCCGCCGAGAUGAGCUGGGGCCGUCUGAGCCGCUUAUUGAAGCCAGCACUGCUGUGCGGGGCUCUGGCUGCGCCUGGCCUGGCUGGCACCAUGUGCGCAUCCCGCGAUGAUUGGCGCUGUGCGCGCUCCAUGCACGAAUUCUCAGCCAAGGACAUCGACGGGCACAUGGUUUGCCUGGAUAAGUACAGGGGUUUCGUGUGCAUCGUCACCAACGUGGCCUCGCAAUGAGGCAAAACCGACGUAAACUACACUCAGCUAGUCGAUCUGCAUGCCCGAUACGCUGAGUGUGGUUUACGGAUCCUGGCCUUCCCCUGCAACCAGUUCGGGAGGCAGGAGCCAGGAAGUAAUCAAGAAAUCAAGGAGUUUGCAGCCGGCUACAAUGUCAAGUUUGACAUGUACAGCAAGAUCUGUGUAAAUGGGGACGAUGCCCACCCACUGUGGAAAUGGAUGAAAGUCCAGCCCAAGGGCAGGGGCAUGCUGGGAAAUGCCAUCAAAUGGAACUUUACCAAGUUUCUCAUUGAUAAGAACGGCUGCGUGGUGAAGCGCUAUGGUCCCAUGGAGGAGCCCCAGGUGAUAGAGAAGGACCUGCCGUGCUAUCUCUAGCCCUACAAGUAUGUGCGCCCACAC